GCAGAUUACACAUCUUGGCUUUUAUUUGAAUUUAUUUACGAUAGAUAGUUCUUGGUAUACAUAUGUCGCAUCAUGGAUUUUGUCAAAGGUAGAACUCAUACUGAAAUUGGACUGCAACAUUUGGAUUAUGGACAUGUGAUUAUUGGUGGAGGCUUCGUCGUUUCACCGUUCAGCAUAUUAAAAAACUUUCAAUUUUCGAGAAGUUUGUCUUUUGACGUUUAUCAUGAAUUGAUGAAUAAAAACGGUCUCCACCAAAGUUUGAUGGCAUUCAUGAGAUGGCAACAAAUGGAAUAUCUUCCUUCUUAUUAUGAAGGGGAUUCUGGCGCGAUCCCAAGAUAUAGAGCAUUCGUGAAACGCCCUUAUCGUUUAUUUCACUACAAUUUGCCUAUUGGGAAAACAUCCCUCAAUUUUGAAAAUGUCAUGGUGGAUAUGGUUACUAAAAAACCAGUGGUUUGUGCUACUGGGAUGUUUGUUAAUAUUGACCCAGAAAAACGUAGGCCAGCUCCAUUUCCAAAAUGUCUACAAGAUCAUUAUACUGAGGAAAAUUGUGAGAAGGUUCCAUUUAAUUACCAAAAAAUGGAACCAAAAUGCUCUGUUAAAUACGAUAAGCCUCAAAAUGUUGUGUCGCAUACCCUAACGAGCAAGGUUGUUAGUCGACUGGUGGAUUCAUAUAAACACAUGAAUGACUGUUCUUAUGUUAUUCUUUGUUUUGAUUGCCUUUCUGAUGCAAUUUCCAGCAAUGUUUUCUUGUUAAAGGGUUCGAUUAUGGAUUAUAGAAUCCGUCGUGUAUCUUUGCUUUAUCUAAAAGAAUGUGUAUUGGGUGAUAUCAUCAACACAGUAGUUUGGCAAAGUGAGCAAAGUAAAUGGCAGUUUAAGUUUCAUGUCAUGAAAAAUGAUGAAGUCCUCUGCCAGGCUGAAAUAGAAUUUUUCCCAACUAAACCAACUUCUAAAUUAUAAUUAUAUAAAUUCAAAUCACAGUGUUCACAUCUUCAGGCAAUGAAAUUUUUAUAAAGUCAAUUUCUGCCUAUAAUCUCUGUCGCCACCUAGAGAGCAAAUCCUUUCGAUCUGUCAGCUUAAUCAACUGCUAUUCUUAAAAAUCUAUUUUUUACAAACUUUGGCAUAGGCUGCUUUUUGGGGAAUGCUUAGUCGACUUAAUGCUUUCCUAAUUCCCUGCUCAAUGCUUACUCAAGUUUUUGAUUACCACUGUUAAAAUUCUAAUGAAGAAUUUUGAAAUUUUGACUCAAUCCGAUUUACAUCAAAACGAGCCAAACUCGAAUUACAACAUCACAGCCCUGAGUUUAUUUGAGUUGAUUGCUGGUUUCCACCUCCUCACAUGGACCACUGGUUGUAGCUUCCUUAACUAAUCGAGAGUCCACGGACGAGACAAUUAGUUUGUGAGUGCCCCGAGUGAUAAUCACACAAUACUCACUGAUUUACCUUAUGUUUAAGCCGUUUUAUUGACUCCCCUCUAAUCCCCGAUAAGUAUUAAAAUUGUUUAGUGUCUGGAUUCGUGUUAGCACUUUUAUAUCUUUUAGCCACAAAGUAAUUAUUCUUCAUUGUUUGAGGAUAUUAUAACCGUCCAACAUGAAUUCACAGAAUCACAGGUCUGUUACAGCUUCCUCCACCAUCGAGUCUAGCAUCUGAAACAAAUAACCGGCUAACUCAAACAUACCCGACAUGGACUGGUAACCUAACGAGAGACCGUGGUUCGCCAUAUGACUAAGCCAUUUUAUCGAUUUUCCUCUCCCCGGGCAUAAAUAUGUUUAUCCUUUCCAAAACUUCAAUAUUUGUCUCGGUUGAUAAAAGUUCAUAUUGUGUAAUGCAAAUCUAAUUAUAUAUGCAUGAAUAUCAAAAUGCCAAAUAGUGUAAUGAAGUUCAUUUUAUCUUUGCUAAUAUAUUGUAACUAGAGAAACUAAUUGGUCAGCUGUACCCAUGGCCCAUUGUCAGCCCACUAUAGGGGGUGAACAACCUUCAUAAAAUUUCAAACCCCGCCCCUUAUUUUAAGA